CUCGCUGAUGUUGGCUACGACGAUAUCGGCGGUGUGCGCAAGCAGAUGGCGCAGAUUCGUGAGCUCGUCGAGCUGCCGCUCCGCCACCCUCAACUCUUUAAGUCCAUCGGUAUCAAGCCUCCGCGUGGUAUCCUCAUGUUCGGCCCGCCCGGUACGGGUAAGACGCUCAUGGCGCGCGCUGUUGCGAACGAGACCGGCGCGUUCUUCUUCCUCAUCAACGGUCCGGAGAUCAUGAGCAAGAUGGCUGGAGAGUCUGAGAGUAACUUGCGCAAGGCUUUCGAGGAGGCGGAGAAGAACUCGCCGGCAAUCAUCUUCAUUGAUGAAAUCGACUCUAUUGCACCGAAGCGUGAGAAGACGAAUGGAGAAGUCGAGCGCCGUGUUGUAUCGCAGCUGCUCACUCUCAUGGACGGUCUCAAGGCCCGCUCGAACGUCGUCGUCAUGGCCGCGACCAACCGCCCGAACUCUAUCGACCCCGCCCUGCGCCGCUUCGGUCGCUUUGAUCGUGAGGUUGACAUCGGUAUCCCUGACCCGACUGGCCGUCUCGAGAUCCUCCGCAUCCACACGAAGAACAUGAAGCUCGCAGACGACGUUGACCUUGAGCAGAUCGCCGCCGACACGCACGGUUACGUCGGUUCCGAUCUUGCUUCGCUGUGCUCUGAGGCCGCGAUGCAGCAGAUCCGCGAGAAGAUGGACCUCAUCGACCUUGAGGAAGACACCAUUGACGCGGAGGUGCUGGACUCGCUCGGCGUCACGAUGGAGAACUUCCGCUUCGCUCUCGGCGCUUCGAACCCGUCUGCGCUCCGCGAGACCGUGGUCGAGGUUCCCACGACCAAAUGGGAGGACAUUGGUGGUCUCGAGAAGGUCAAGCUCGAGCUCAAGGAGACCGUGCAGUACCCUGUCGAGCACCCGGAGAAGUUCCUCAAGUACGGCAUGUCGCCGUCAAAGGGCGUUCUCUUCUACGGCCCACCCGGUACUGGUAAGACGUUGCUCGCCAAGGCAGUCGCCACCGAGACCCAAGCAAACUUCAUCUCAAUCAAGGGCCCCGAACUGCUCACGAUGUGGUUCGGUGAGUCCGAGGCAAACGUUCGCGACGUUUUCGACAAGGCGCGCGCAGCAGCACCUUGCGUCAUGUUCUUCGAUGAGCUUGACUCGAUCGCGAAGGCGCGUGGUGGCGGUGGAGGCGGCGACGCCGGUGGCGCUGGCGACCGUGUGCUGAACCAGAUCCUCACGGAGAUGGACGGUAUGAAUGCCAAGAAGAACGUCUUCAUCAUUGGUGCGACGAACAGGCCCGACCAGAUUGACCCCGCAUUGCUCCGUCCCGGUCGUCUCGACCAGCUCAUCUACAUUCCGCUUCCCGACGAGCCCUCGCGCUUGGCCAUUCUCGAGGCCGCCCUGCGCAAGUCGCCGAUCGACCCGUCCGUUGACCUUGGCUUCCUCGCGAAGAACACGCACGGCUUCUCCGGUGCCGAUUUGACGGAGAUCUGUCAGCGUGCUGCAAAGCUCGCCAUCAGGGAGUCUAUCGAGGCGGACAUUCGUGCUGCGCGCGAGCGCAAGGAGAAAGAGGACGCCGGCGAGGGUGCUGCGAUGGAGGAGGACGAGACGGAUCCCGUGCCCGUCAUCUCGCGCGCGCACUUCGAGGAGGCGAUGCGCUACGCCCGCCGCUCCGUCUCUGACGGCGAUAUCCGCCGGUACGAGAUGUUCGCCCAGACGCUCCAGCAAAGCCGCUCGUUCGGAAGCUCGUUCAAGUUCCCGGAGACCGAUGGUGUGCCACCUGCGGGCGCGCCUGGCGCUGCGCCUGCCAUUGGCAACGCUGGAUUUGACGAGGAGGCUGCCGACGAUGAUUUGUAUGCAUGA